AUGUUCUAUCGUCCCCUCCUCCUUCCAGCCUCGCUGGCUCUGCUCGGGUUCGGCUCCCCUCCGAGGACGUCGGCCUGGGAGAUACCCAAUUCGCCGACCCUCGACGACUUGCAGAGGCCAAUGCGUGCCGGUGUAUACGGCGACGACGUCGAUAUCAUUAGCGGGAGCCAGUUUAGCGGUCUCAAGACGUAUGCCAAUUUGCCGUACUUGAACUGCAUCGCGGAUGCAGAGGCCGCGGGCAAACCCUAUGAUAUUGCCAUCUUGGGUGCUCCGUUUGAUACUGGUGUUACGGCACGUCCAGGUGCUCGGUACGGACCUACUGGCAUCCGGAUCGGAAGUCAGAGGAUAGCCCCGGACAUGGCCUGGAGUGCAUAUACCGGCAAGAACCCACUCAAGUCCUGGGCCACCAUUACAGAUUGCGGCGACGCGCCGCUGACCUGGCUGGAUAAUACAUAUGCGCUCAAGCAACUGGACAAGGCGCAUAGAGUGGUUUCAAGCCGCAAGGCUGCAGAUGUGUCUCGGUCGACAGUCCCGAGGAUCCUCACUCUCGGCGGCGAUCAUACAACGACCCUAUCGGCCCUUCGCUCCGUCAAGGAGAGGUGGGGACAGGUGGCUGUCGUGCAUUUUGACAGUCACAUUGAUACCUGGGACCCAAAGGUUUUGGGAGGCGGGAUUUCGGAUUAUGCCGGCUUGAACCACGGAACAUUCCUGCACAUUGCCCACGAAGAGGGUCUCAUAACCAACACGUCUCUCCACGCCGGCAUCCGCGCCCCUCUCGCCCGUCGAAAAGGCGACAUGCGCAACGACCUGCGCUGUGGCUUCCAGUCCAUCACGGCCCGGGACCUGGAUUAUAUGGGCGUUGCCGGUAUCAUUUCGCGGAUCCGUGAGCGCGUCGGAGAUACCAAGGUCUAUGUCAGUGUCGAUAUUGACGUGCUCGAUCCCGCGUUUGCUCCUGCUACCGGAACUGCCGAACCUGGCGGCUGGACCUCGAGAGAAUUGCUCACAAUCUUGGACGGGCUGAGUGGAAUCAACAUAAUUGGUGGAGAUGUGGUUGAGGUUGCACCAGUCUAUGACAAUCCCGGAGAGACGACGGUCUUGGCUGCCGCUGAAGUUGCUCUCUCUCUAAUUGGACUCAUGGUUGACCAGUCGGUCAAGGCGCUGGGUGAAUAA